AUGCGUAGUUUCUGGUUAUUAUUUGUAUUUCUUUAUAAUGGAGAAGCUGAAUUUCAACAUAAUCAGUUUCGACGGUACACUUGCGUGAUAAGAAACGAAAAGGAGCCAUCCGAUUGCACGUUAAUGUUCAAAGAUGACAUUGAGAGGACAACAACCAAUCACAAUGGAUGUUUUACAGAGAAAGAUGCAACACGGAAUCAAAUUUUGACAUAUUGUCCACUGCAAUGUGCAGAAGCUGAAUCAGCUUAUGUGAUGUUAAAGCGUCCUUCAAACAAUAACAAGUGCUUGGCUUUUUUUACAUAUAAUGUUGCACAGCGUAAAAAUGACUGGUUCUUAUGGCGAUCCGGAAAAUGUCUCUUUGAAGAAAUACAAUUCGAUAUUGGUUGUACAUUUCCAUUUAAGAAGAAUAUAAAUUCCAAUACAAUUAAGCAAAAUGUAGAAGUUGUGGAAUGA